GUGACAUUUAAACGUCAGAUUUCUUGUCAAAAUUGUUCAAUAGCAACAAAUUAUGAUACAAUGUGCAAAAAUACUGAGAUAAAAUUUAUGUAACUUUUGUAAUAACAACUAUAAAAAUAUAUAACGUUAUCAGUUACAAGUGAUAAGAAAUACUAAGUGUGUAUAAUACAAAACAAGUGUGACAAAUGUAGAAACAGUGCACGUACAGCAUAAAUAUUAUGGGUAUUAUCUUAAAUAGUUUCGUAAUUCUUCAUUAGCUAUGUGGGUUAAACCUCAAGAAGUUUUAAUCGCCAAUGCCUUGUGGGAAACUGAACAAAGCACAGAAUACUUCCUUCUACAACACAGGAAAGGUCAUGGAAAUUCAAAAGGUAUUUCUUCCCUUCUUGUUGGAACUAUGGAUUCUAUUUUCGAUACCAAACCUCCUCCUUUUCGUAUAUUACAUCAAACUCCACAUUCAGAGGUUUACUACUUAAUAGCAUGUUCUUUAUAUAAACAAGACAUUGUAAAUGAUUGGGAUUGGUUGAAUGAAAAUAUAAUGGGUACAUUAAAAUCAUUUGACAAAGAAGAUGAUGUCACAGAUUUUGUUACAUGUAAAAUUGAAUCUAUUAUAGCAGCUAAACAAGAUCAAGUUGAAAUUGAAGAUGAAGAUACAAAAGACUUUAAAACUACAAGUGAAAAGUUUCACAGGUUAUUUCACUUUCCUCUUGAAGAAAAACUUGUCAAUUACUAUUCUUGUAGUUACUGGAAAAAGUUUCCCCGCCAAGGAUGGAUGUACUUAUCAUUGAAUUAUUUAUGUUUUCAUUCCUACAUUCUUGGAAAUGAUACAAAGUUGUGCAUCAGGUGGUCAGAAAUUAAAAAUUUGGAAAAAUCAAACAGUCUCAUCUUCCCUGAUUCAAUUAAAAUAACUACUAGGGAAGGGGAGUAUUACUUUAAUAUGUUUCUGAAAAAAAGUGAAACAUUCGCCCUCAUGGAUCAGUUAAUAGAUUUAGCAAUGAAAAGAUUAAUAGAUGAAAGUAAAAAGUUUAACGAAGAUAAAGAUCUUUUAUACAAAUUAAGGUAA